AUGGGACCCACACAAGCCUGUCGUCACACAAGCGGGCCCUGGUGGGGAGACGGGGGCGGGAGAAUGCCACAACGCUCCACACACCCAAGAUGGCGGCAACCCACACCACAUUACCUCCUACCAACAAGCUGCCCCACACACCAGAGCAGCCGGCGGCUACCAAGCUCUAUACAGCGGCGGAGCAGCGGAAGCCGAAGAGGUCAGUGGCAAUCAACCAACGGCAACAAGCAGUGGAGGGGGCCCCAUGACAACAGAGAGAAGCCUUACCCACCCCCUCCAGCACUAAGCGCCUACACACAGACCGCAGCGACAGCUAAAGGACAGAGAAGCACUGGCCUCGACCCAGGACCGCAAGACUCCACCACAAGAGAGGGAGGAUGA